GUGUACUCGUCCAAUCAGCACAAUUUAGUUUCAGCCCCGGUUGCCCCUGCCCGCACCACAUCCCAGUCCUCUGGGUUCCAGAACGUUGACGCACAUUUCUCCUCAUAUUCUCCCUGACACGAAACGCAGCUCCGCGGAUCAGGCGUCGCGUCACUAACUCAAAAAGGUGCUCAAGGUUCCCGCUCAGAACAUCGGUCCAGGGGGGCUCUACCGUAGGUGCUCACUAUGCCUUUUUGAAGGGGUACCAUUGUGACUGGCUUAAAGAGUAAGUUACAAGAUAUAUUCUGUUUUUUUUUCUGGGAUUUCUAUACGUGAAGUGAGGAAGAUGUUUUCGUCCGCGGGUAAACGCUGUUUUACGAUAGAAUCCUUGGUGGCCAAAGAAAACCCUCAAACCACCGAAGAUCCCAUCCGACCGACGGCCCUGACUUAUUCCAACCCCACUGACGCUUUCAUGAACGGGUACCAGAGUCCCAACGGCAGGUCUCUGUAUCAGAACCCGGAGCUGGUGUUCCCUGAGUCGGUCAACCACCCCGGGCUGACCAUGAACCCCCAUCAGCUAGGAGGGGGCCACCUACAACACCCUGCACACUUCUUUGGGACGCAGCACCGAGACCCUCUUAACUUCUACCCAUGGGUUUUACGGAACAGGUUCUUCGGACACAGAUUUCAAGGAAAUGAUGUUUCCCAAGAUAGCUUGCUCCUUCACGGCCCGUUCGCCCGGAAACCCAAGCGGAUCCGCACCGCCUUCUCCCCGUCGCAGCUCCUGCGGCUCGAACGGGCUUUCGAGAAGAAUCAUUACGUGGUAGGAGCGGAGAGGAAACAGCUGGCCAACAGUCUGAGUCUGUCUGAAACACAGGUGAAGGUUUGGUUCCAGAACAGGAGGACUAAAUACAAGAGACAGAAGCUGGAGGAGGAGGGGCCUGACUGUCAUCAGAAGAAGAAAGGAAACCACCACAUCAACAGAUGGAGACUUGCCACCAAGCAGGGCAGCUCCGAGGACAUUGAUGUCACCUCUGAGGACUGAGAAACCCCCCCCCCCCCCCCCUAUGUCCC